AUGGAAUCGUUGGCACAAGAGGCACAUGACGUGUUGAUAGCGUUUAUGCGGUAUGGCAAGAUGGGUGAUGGUUGUGAGAGUAGUACGACAUCGUUGGAGAGUGGGAAGGAUAACUUGAGUGAGCAGAAGGUAGAGCAUUGGAUUGUUAAUGACUCGAUCAUAUCGAUCGCCAUCUAUACCGAAGGAAAUGGCAAAACAAAGUUUACAACUGCCACGGCAUCAGAAAGUGAUCCGAGUGUUUUGAAGACUAGCACAAACACUCAAAACAGCGACGAUUAUAUAACGGACGUUAGACGAAGGCAUCAGUCUGCAGUGCAUAGGCCUGAAAGGAUGAAGCAAAUACCGCCUCGUCCAGCCGCGUUAGAUGAUUCGUAUGCGAUUAGCAAAUCGUCGCCUCGUACCCAGUCGGCAGCCACUGUGACGUGGACACAGAUUGUGGUUCGACACGUGUUCGGAAAACAGUCGUGGCUAAUGCGAUCGUUAAGCAGUAUUCCGGAGGAUUUCGAUGCCGGUUUCUUCAUUCAGUCAUUUGUUUUGUUCGUAAUUUUUUGA